UACCCGGAGUCGAAACUGGCGAAGAUGUUCAACGGCAGCGUCCCAAUCAUCCUGGACAGCCUCAAACAGCACUACUUCAUCGAUAGGGAUGGCAAGAUGUUUCGUCACGUGCUCAACUACGUCAGAACCGGAAGUCUAAACAUCCCGGCAGAUUUUCAGGAAGUGGAUCUUCUAUUGGAGGAGGCAAGAUUCUUCGAUUUACAGUCUUUG